UCCACCAUUAGCGCCAAACCAGAAUCCCUGUCUGUCUCCACUAGUUUAACUAGUUUAAUCACUCUUCUUCAUGUUUCUUAAUACCCCAAAAGCAAAUUCUUACUUCCUAGCGAAGGAACAACAUUUGCCAGCCAACGAACAACAACGUACGCUCUCUCAUUGUCUCUCUCUCUCUCUCUUCUCUCUGGUCCAGUUCCGAGGUGACUCAGUGGAGGCCAAAUGAGUCAGGAAUCGUUCAUAUACAGCUUCGUGGCCAGAGGCAUAAUGAUCUUGGCCGAGUACACCGAGUUCACCGGAAAUUUCCCGGCGAUUGCGGCUCAGUGCCUCCAGAGACUGCCCUCCACCAACAACAAGUUCACCUACAACUGCGAUCACCACACCUUCAAUUUCCUCGUUGAAGAUGGCUACGCGUACUGUGUAGUUGCAAAGGACUCAGUUGGCAAACAGAUAUCUAUUGCAUUUCUAGAACGAGUGAAAGCCGACUUUAGGAAAAGAUAUGGGGGUGGUAAAGCAGAUACAGCUAUCGCCAAAAGUCUUAACAGGGAAUUUGGACCAAUAAUGAAAGAGCACAUGAAGUAUAUAAUUGAUCAUGCAGAAGAGAUUGAAAAGCUAUUAAGAGUGAAGGCGCAAGUUUCAGAAGUCAAAAGCAUAAUGUUAGAGAAUAUUGACAAGGCCAUUGAUAGAGGGGAAAACCUUACUGUUCUUGUUGACAAGACCGAUAACCUUUGUUCCCAGGCCCAAGAUUACAAAAAUAAAGGGACACAAAUGAGAAGGAAGCUGUGGUAUCAAAACAUGAAGAUAAAGUUGGUGGUUUUUGGAAUCUUGUUACUUCUGAUCUUGGUUAUCUGGCUUUCUAUUUGUCAUGGAUUUGACUGCACAAACUAGUAGAGAUUAGUGAUGGGCAUUUAGCUCAAAUUAUACCAUACAUGAGCUUCAGUUCAACAAAUUGUGCUGAGGAAGGAGGGAGUGGGAGAGUGAGUGAGGGAGAGAUAUUUCUUACAUUCUUGCAUUAUCAGUGUUGACUAUUUUCUAGAUCUUACUUUGAUUUAGCAACAUUUUGAACUGAAUUUUAGUGAACUGUUGUCUUGUUGAAGAUAUUACAAUGGCUGAAUAGGUUAGAUCAGGGCAUCCACAUUGUU